AUGUUCUGCGUUGCGCCACACAAUGUCCAGGACGUUUUGCGGGACGAGAAACGGGACGACGGGGGCGUCAGGCACGGCCAGGCACGCGUCGCACACCAGGCGAUCCAUGGCGCAGGCAAAGCAGUCGGCCUUCGCCGGGCGGGCGCAGCGCGGGCGGUGCUCGUUCGCCAGGAAGAAGUUGCGCAACGGCGGGGCGUUCAAAAAGGCUUGCAGCACCGAGUUCAUAUAGCACGAAUUGCCCAAGUUGAACAGCCCCACAGGCGGGCGGACGCCAUUUCCCCCGGGCAGCACAGCGGCGGCGCCCUUGAAGACAGCGAGCUCCUUCUCCGACGGCACAUAGGCGGCGCGGGUGCGCAUGCGCCUCUUCCUCCCGCGCACGGGGGCUUGACGUGCUCACAGGCGGGCGGCGCUUCCAUGGCGGCGCGGUACCGGGGGGGGGGAGGCGGACGGAUGGGACGGGGGAUGGACGGACGCGGGCGGGGUGACGAAGGAGCGUUCCGCUGGCGACGGGGAUGCGGGGAACGAAACGAGUAUUUCGUUCGCCACGCGGACACGUGUGCGGGUGAAUUCGCGCAGCUUCUGCGCCGCCCGCUUUCCAUUGCCAUUCUAUUUCCGGAUUCCACCGUUGAUCUCUGUAAACAAGCCCUCUCUACUUAA